AUGUCUGACUUAGAUGAAGAUUUGUUAGCUUUGGCUGGUGCCGAUGAAUCUGAGGAAGAAGAUCAAGUUUUGACCUCAACAUCUGCCAAAAGGGCCAAAAACAAUGACCAAUCGAUUUCCAAGAAGAGAAGGAUCGAAGUUGGUAGUGCAGAGGAAGAAGAAGAAGAUGAUGAUGAGGAAGAAGAUGAUUACAAUCCUUAUUCUGUGGGGAAUACAGGCUACGGGUCCGAGGAAGAAGAAGAAGUGGAGCCUAACCCAUUUCCCCUGGAAGGGAAAUAUAAGGAUGAAAGUGAUAGAGAGCAUUUGGAGUCUCUACCUGAAAUGGAACGCGAAACUCUAUUAUUUGAAAGGUCCCAGAUUAUGCAGAAGUACCAGGAAAGAAAAUUAUUCAGAGCGCGUGGAAAGGAUAUGAAAGAACAGCAACAAAGGAAACGAGCCAAGGAUGACGAAGAUUCCAGGAAGACUAGGACGUCUACAAGAUCGACACACGCUACUGGCCAUUCUGAUAUCAAGGCUUCUAAGCUUUCGCAAUUAAAGAAACAGCGAGCAAGGAAAAAUCGCCAAUAUAGCGACAGCGAAGACGAACAAGAUGAUCAAGACGAAUACAGAGAAGAUGACUAUAAGAACGAUGAAGGAAGCGAGUAUGGAGAUGACGAAGAAUAUAACCCAUUUGACAGAAAGGGCCUAUACGACAAAAGAGAGGAAGAGGUUGAAUGGGCAGAAGAGGAAGAAGAUGAAUUGGAUAGGGACCCUGAAAUAUCUGAUUUCAACAAACUAAGGAUUGGCCGUUCCUUUGUAGCAAAAUUUUGUUUCUAUCCUGGGUUUGAAGAUAUAGUAAAAGGUUGUUAUGGUAGAGUUAAUGUCGGAACAGACAAACGUACCGGUAAGACUUCUUACCGUAUGGUCAGAAUUGAAAGAAUUUUUUUGCAAAAGCCCUACAAUAUGGGUAAAUUCUUCACCAAUCAAUAUUUUGGUGUUACACAAGGUAAAGAUAGAAAAGUUUUCCAAAUGAAUUAUUUCAGUGAUGGUUUAUUUGCCGACGAUGAAUACCAAAGAUAUUUUAAGGCAUUGGAUAAUUCACAAAUGGUUAAACCCUCUUUACAUACAUUAAGCAAUAAAACAAAAGAAGUCAUAGAUUUCGUCAAUACUCCGCUAACUGACAAGACUACAGAUGAGGUUGUUCGUCAUAGAAUGCAAUUCAAUAAAAAACUUUCCGGUACCAACGCAGUGUUGGAAAAAACUGUCUUGAGAGAAAAAUUACAAUAUGCUAGAGAGACAAAUAAUGAAAAAGAUAUUGCUAAAUACUCUGCUCAAUUAAGAAACUUUGAAAAACGAAUGUCUGUGUACGAAAAGCAUCAUGAAAACGAUCAAUCAGAUAUCAAGACAUUGGGCGAAUUAACCUCAAAAAACAGAAAAUUGAAUAUAAGUAACAUCAGAAAUGCAGAACAUGUUAAGAAAGAAGACGUUAGCAAUUUCGAUUCGAAGAGUGACCCUUUUAGUAGAUUAAAGACCAGAACAAAAGUUUACUAUCAAGAAAUACAAAAAGAGGAAAACGCGAAAGCCAAAGAAAUGGCUCAACAAGAGAAGCUGCAAGAGGAUAGAGAAACUAAGGAAAGACGUGAGAAAGAAUUGCUUUUGGCCCAAUUUAGACGCCUUGGUGGGUUGGAGCGUAUGAUUGGUGAGCUGGAUAUCAAAUUUGACUUUAAGUUCUAA